CUGCUGUUACUAACUUUCCACGUGAAUUUAAAUUUGUUUUAUUAGAGCACUAAUUUAUGUACAAAUGGUAUUAAAAAUGUAUAAAGAUCUUUUGAGAAAAUACGAAGAAAUUAAGAAUGAGAUUAAUACGAAAGUUAUUUAUGAAAAAUUGAGUUUUUGUAAAGACACUGUUGAUUAUUUAAUUGCUGUUGAACCCAACAAUAAUUUCAAACAUGCGUUUGAACAUAUAAGGAGUUCAAUAAUUAAACAAACAAUUAAUUUAGGAAGAAAAAGGGCUUUAAUAGAAAUAAAAAUUCCAGCUGCAUCAUUACUAAAUUUAGAAAAUUGUCAGAAGAAUAAUUCUGCUGAGCAAAUGGAAACGCGUUCUGAUAGUUUAAAAGAAUUUCAAAUUACAGAAGUGAUUCCCCAAAUAUGCGGUUUUCAUGAAGUAAUUGGGUGUAAUGAAAUAAAAAAAACACUUCAAGCCCAUUUUAUUUUGCCCUUACAACAGCCUCAGCUGUUUGUUGGGCUUUUAAAUACCGUCAAUUCUUUACUACUUUUUGGACCACCGGGAACGGGGAAAACCCGAAUCGCUCAUGCUUUAGCAUCCGAAAUCACCUGUAAACUUUAUUGUAUUUCACCUAGCGAUAUUUUAAGCGAAUAUAUUGGGAAAACAGAAAAGAUGAUUAAAACCGUUUUUACACAAAUAAAGAAUUCUCCUUCAAUGUCAAUACUUUUUAUUGAUGAAAUAGAUGGAAUAUGUAGAAAAAGGACCGGAGAGGAGCAAGAAUCUAGCAGAAGAUUAAAGACAGAACUUAUGUGUCAGUUGAACGAUUUCAACUCUAAUAAGAAUGCAAUUCUGAUAUGUGCAACCAACUGCCCUUGGGACUUAGACUCUGCUUUUUUAAGACGUUUCCAAAAACGAAUUUAUGUUCCACUCCCCGAUAGACAAGAAAGAUUCGAACUGUUAAAUUAUUACACUGAAAAAACCACCUUGGCAAAAACUAAAGACAGCUGGGGUCCAAUAAUCACACAAACAGAAGGCUUUUCUGGCUCAGACUUGGCCAAUCUGGUUCAAAAUGCACUGAGUGUACCUGUUACUGAAUUAAUUGAGAAUAAGAAAUGGAAAAUGACAGAUUUUAAUAUGUAUGAACCAGCUAUGGAAAAUGAACAUUUUAACGUUAUUUAUUGUGGGAUUAAUGAAAUUCCCCGUAAUUGUGCCAAGGUCAGAAACGCACAAAUCAGCGACCUAAUUAAAGCUGUUGAAAAAAUUAAAAGAACUGUUACUGUUGCAGAAGAUCAAAAGUAUAAAGAGUACAUUAAACAAUUUUAAAAUAAGCCAAUUCUUAACAAUGAAAUUGUUAAUAAUAUAUAAUAUUCGUAUAGUAUUAUAGUAUAUAUAAGUCUUAAAAAACUGGUAGUAUAAGAAAUUUGUAUUUUAUUACUGUUUGAUAGUUAAGGAUUUUUUU